CAAACAACCAAACCACCACACAGGAGAGCUGUUUGCUGUAGAUUAGGUCUGCUCAAUGGAAAUGAGACCCUAAUAAUGCAAGUUUAGUUCUCCAGCUACAAGUUGUGGGUUGAAUUGUACAGACAUUUAGUGGCAUUGUUAUUGUGGACAUUUAAUCCACUCAAGUGGUCACCUUCAGUCAUCAUCGACAUCAUAUUGUAGCGAUUAGUAAAAGUACGACUCCUUCCCAACGCCAUUCUCGUAAUACCUCAUAAUAAGUAAUUCGACAAUUUGGUGCUGAUCAGUUUGGGCAACGUGUUCAGUCGAAAAAUUCAGGCUGAAGACUAUCCGAAUUCCGAAGCGUCUUUCCGAGUCGGAGGAUAAAUAAACAGAUCGAUAAAUUCCAGCUCUGAAUGUUACAUGUGUAGUGCACAUUUGUGAUCCAACGACGACGCAAACAACAGUUGGGUUUUACAGACGCUAGUGCAGACGAAGUUUUUUUGCAACUUUGUGCAACUAGAAUUGACCUGUGCCCCCGACAGAAAAAUGUGGAAACAUUCCCAACAGGCAUUGGCCUUGGUGGGAAGGUCGCAGAGAUGUCUGCUCCUCCCUUCUUCAGUUUCAACCAUUUCUUCAAAACAUCCUCGCACAUUUCUCAGCACGCCGAUUCCUGAAGUUGCUCAAAUGGAUCUAUCCAUAAAUUCAUACGCAGAUUUGUACAACUUUAGCAUUGAGAAGCCGGAUAUUUUUUGGAAAGCUGUAUCUGGAAGACUGGACUGGCAUCAGAAAUUUAUCACGACAAUUCAAGGGGAUUUUACAACGGGUGUCAACUGGUUUGUUGGAGGAAAACUAAACGUAUCUGUCAACUGUGUGGACAGACACGCCAAGAAUCAUCCCGACCGAGUUGCAAUAAUUUAUGAGAAGGACGAGCCAGGUCACCAUGAAUUCAUCACGUAUGGUCAACUAAAGGAACUUGUGGUCAAAUAUGCACACAUUUUGAGGACGGUGGGGAAUGUGAAGAAAGGUGACCGCGUUGCUUUCUACCUGCCAUGUGGCCCCACGGCAUGCGCCAUGGCGUUGGCGUGUUCGCGGAUUGGAGCUGUGCAUUCCAUUGUCUUUGCAGGAUUUAGUGCAGAUGCCUUAGCGUCCAGAAUGAAUGAUGCGGGUGCAACCGUGGUCAUCACGACGGAUAUUGCACGUCGUGGAGGAAAAACACUAAAACUCAAGAAAAUUGUCGAUGAUGCUUUAGAACAUGCCCCCUGUGUCAAAACCGUUUUAGUGGAUGCUCGAGACGGAGAUACAAGUCGUGUCAAGUUGCAACACCCAAGGGACCACUUUCUUCAGGAUUUGAUGAACACGAGUACAAAAAAUGUGAACGAUGUGAUUGAGUAUGUUGAUAGCAAUGAUCCUUUGUUCAUCCUGUACACUUCUGGGAGUACAGGAAAGCCUAAAGGGCUCGUCCAUACGACGGGAGGUUACCUCCUAUAUGCCAUGUUCACCUACAAGAAUGUCUUUGAUCAUCGUGAUGGGGAUAUAUUUGGCUGUGUGGCAGACAUAGGCUGGAUAACGGGCCACAGUUACGUACUAUACGGACCGCUUGCCAAUGGUGGGACUACUUUAGCUUUUGAAUCAACUCCAAUAUAUCCAAACCCUGGUCGCUACUGGGAAAUGGUGCAACGACUGCAGCUCACACAUUUGUAUUGCGCCCCAACUGCAAUUCGUUUACUGCUUAGAUUUGGUUCCGAAUGGGUGCAAAAAUAUGACAGGUCGUCGUUGCGGGUCUUGGGUUCCGUGGGCGAACCAAUCAACCACGAAGCAUGGCAAUGGUUUCAUGAGGUUGUUGGUGAAAAACGAUGCGUGGUUCGGGACACAUGGUGGCAGACCGAGACGGGGGGUAUAUGUUUGACUCCUCGUCCCAGUGGCCCCACUGACCCUGUUCUUCCGGCCAUGCCCAUGCGAGCUUUUUACGGAAUUAAACCAGUUUUGAUGAACUCUGCGAAAUCUGAGGGCCAGGAGGAGGGUGCGCUUUGUAUUGAGAAGCCGUGGCCAGGCCUAGCGCAGAGCAUUUGGGGAGAUCCUGCCAGAUUUAAAGAGGUAUAUUUUAAGGAAUUUGCUCCCUACUACUUUUCCGGGGACGGGGCUAUAAAAAAUGCAGAUGGAUAUUGGAGAAUCACAGGAAGAAUGGACGACGUCAUCAACGUGACUGGACAUCGAUUGGGGACAGCGGAAGUGGAGGAUGCAAUGGAUGAGCAUGAAUUUACGAGUGAAACAGCGGUGGUUGGAUACCCUCAUGAAAUUAAGGGCGAAGGGAUCUUUGCUUUUGUAGUUUUAAAAGAAGGAGGGAAAGACCUAGAUAGGCAGAAAAUGGAGAAAGAGCUCAAAAAGCUAUGCAAAGAGCGAAUCGCUGGGUACGCCAUACCAGAUUAUAUCCUGUUCCAUGAUGGAUUACCCAAAACUAGGUCUGGAAAAAUAAUGCGUCGAAUUUUACGAAAGAUUGCCGCGGGUGAAACGUCUCCGGAAAAAUUGGGUGAUAUCUCCACACUGGCCGAUCCGUCAGUGGUCAAAAGUUUGGUUAAAGCUCGAGAGUCGCUAAAAUAGGAAGCACUAUUUCAUAUGUUCACGGUUCUUUUAAAACAUUAUAAAUAUUAUUUUUAUGAAAUUAUGUUUUAAAUUCCUAUCCUUGUUUUUUUAAGUUUUCAAAGCUUUUUUAAAGAAAGGAAGUUAAAACCGCAACGUUUGAACUGGUUGAAGGCCGACAAUAAUUACUUGCAAUGUUAUCUUGAAAAAUUCAGAAUAUUCAGUAUGUUAAAUCCAUAUAAACAACUAACAUUUCUGUUAUCAAUCGAAGUAAUAAAGCAGCAAUGAGUUAUAUUCAGACUUGGUAA